UGUGUGUGUGUGUGUUCUCGCCAUUUCAACCCAGACCGGCGGUUUUCUCAAAUCCUUCUGCAAAGGCCCCAGGUGUGACCUCCACGUGUCAGGAUGGUGAAAAUCUUCGUAGGCAACCUUUCCCCGAACACAACCACAGACGAGCUUCGGUCCCUGUUUUCUCAGUAUGGGAAAAUAUCUGAGUGUGACAUCGUGAAGAACUUCGGCUUCGUCCACAUGGAAAACAAAGCCGAGGCUGAAGAAGCCAUCCGCAACCUCCACCACUACAUGCUCAACGGUCUGGCCAUGAACGUCGAGAUGAGCCGAGGGAAACCGAAAGCUUCCACCAAGCUCCAUGUGGGCAACAUCAGCAGCAGCUGUACCAACCAGGAGCUGCGGGCCAAGUUUGAAGAGUUCGGCCCUGUGGUCGAGUGCGACAUAGUCAAAGAUUAUGCCUUCGUCCACAUGGAGCGAGUGGAGGAUGCGAUGGAGGCCAUCCGAGGCCUAGACAACACGGCGUUUCAAGGCAAACUGAUGAGUGUGAAGCUUUCGACUAGCCGCCUGCGUACAGCCCCGGGAAUGGGAGAGAGAACGGGUUGUUAUCGGUGCGGGCAGGAAGGCCACUGGUCCAAAGAGUGCCCGCUGGACCAGAACGGCUCCUACCGUGAGGGCCAGGGCUCAGAGGCCUAUGGCGCUCCCCGGUUCGGUGCGAAUGGCGGUGGUGGUCGCGGUUUUCAACAGGGCUUCAAUGGCGAUCCGAGCUUUGGCAGCAACUAUGGGCCUGUGCAAGGUUUCUCCCGUGGUGCUGGUUAUGGGGGUCCUGGGUAUGGCAGGGGCAUGGGCAUGGGCACGAGCACAAGCACGGGCACGGGCUAUAAUGGUGCGAUGAGUUUCGGUGUCGCGGCGGGAUACGGCAUGGGCGCGACGUACGGCAGCGAGGCGGCAUACAGCAGCGGUGUCGGCUACGGCAGCGCGGUGCCCGGGUUUCCUGCGCGGCGAGCGUCCUAUGAUGAACGGGAUCCGUACGGGGUGGUGGACUACUACGAAAAGUAUCGUGCGCGUCCCUAUGGAGGCAGUUAUUUUGAUGACAGACAAGCUGUCCCACUACCCGGUGCUCCUCCUCCUCCUCCUCCUCCUCCUCCCCCUGCGUCCUCGGCCAUAAGCACAGAGCGCAUGCCCUCGUCUAGCCUUGACCUCUAUGAGCGAAACCCCCUUGCUCCUCCUCAGGCUCCGGGUUCUUCGUACUACGGCCGUGAUAGGAGCCCUAUUCGAAGGCUCCCUCUCGAGGUGGAAGGAUACGCGUAUGAUCGUGCGCAUGUCGCCCCCAUCUCUUCGCUUCCUCGGAGUUCUGCGUUUGACAUGCCGCGGGAUCCUUACGCCGACCGGGCACGCUACGCGUAUUAAUCUAACAUCUGUGCGCGAUUCAUACGUGUGCACAACACAGACUAUACAGUACAGUGGACGUUCAUAAAGCUAGUGAUGUUUCUGGACGCGUUUGUAGCAUUCUGUGUUGAGUAGAAGUCAUGCUAUCAUGUAAAAUAUUCUGUGGUCGAGUUUUUUCUUUUUUUCUCUUUAAGUUUACUCACACGGUUCAGUCAUAAUCGUAGAAAUUCUUGCUCAAAUGAUUUAACUAUUUGUGUUGUAAUGAUUUGUUUUUCGCAGGUAUUCUUCAUCCAUGUCUCCACAGACACGGUCAUCUCUUUUAACCUUACAGUAAAUACUGUGGUGCUUGAGUGUGGUGGAGCAGAUUAGGUGCUUUAUUCUAGUAGUUGUACGUUAUGUUAUUAUGUUUAUGUUCAGUAUUACUUGUAGAUGUUAUCAGAGUAGCAUUUCACCAACAUAUUUCAGCCUGGUUUUAGUUGGUUGGCUUUUGUUUGUUUCUCUCCCAAGGAGAUAACACAAUGCCGAAAUUCAUACUGAAUCCAUCUAGGGACGAUUAUACAUUUAGAUUUCUGUAAAUCUUUACAUUAACCAUUAGGGAUGUUUACUGUUAACUAUGUAGGAAUGCUAAUUAAGGAAUAAUAUCUGUAAUCCUUGACCAGGUGUUUUUUUUUUUUUUUUUUUUUUUCCUUCUGAUGUUACUUGCAUUAAGACUUUUAAUGCAGAUGCUAACUAUA